GUUGCAGCUUUUUCCUGCUUCCGCUAUCAAAGUCAACUGAAAGAGAAGGGGGGGAAAAACGCUAUGAGCUGGAGAGGGAGGAAAAUAUUGGAUGUUCACAUUCUUUGGCAAUAAUAGCUUAUCUUAUUUGCAGCAAGAGGACGACUCUAAUGAGAACAUGGUCAGCUUCAGGCUUGCCUACAUUUUCUCCUACAACCUUCUACAGUUCUGUGGACACACGUGGAUACUGACUAAUACCAUCAUCAGGUUUUUCACAUUUGGCCAAGAUGCCACGGUAGACACUUUUUAUGCUGUUGGCCUUGUAAUGAGCCUCUGCCAGCUGUUCUCCAUCUUGGAGCUUUUCCACAUUGCAGACGGGAUUGAGGAAGCCAAACUACUUCCGCGCCUCAUCCAAGUGGGCACAACUUCCUCCUCUAAAUCAGUUAUAUUGGCGGUAGCUAUGUUAAUUCAAGUGGGAGUUGACACUUUUUUUCAGGUUUUGGAAAAGAACCUCCUGCUCAUCAUGCUCAUCCUGUUGGAGGAGUUCCAGAGCAAACCAGUCGUGUGUGUGCAACUCUUCUUUUGGAACAUUCUGGACCUACUGAGGUACUCUCAUGAAGUGCUAUGUGCGAUAGACACCCCUUUCACUGUCAUGCUGUGGGCACGCUACACUCUGUGGAUUCCUGUAUACGUCCUGUCCGUCAUCACUGAAGGGGUCACUAUAUACCAAGCAACGCUUGACAUUGCGCAAGAAGCUUCCGCCAUACAGAAUUCCACGGAUUCUUCACCCAGUCAACAACAGUUCAUCCUCACAGCCUCCCUGCCUCUUCUUGCUCUCGGAGCGUCGUUCACAGUGUGGCAGUUGCUGAAGGAGAGACAACAUCAGCUGGAGAGGUGGACCAAGAAGACAAAAAGGAAGUGACUGGUGUCUUAGAAACUAAAAGAUACAAUAUAUAUGGAAGCAUUCUUUUAUUUACACAUGACUGUGUUUGCAUGGUUGUGAAGCUGUGUUUCUGCGUGUGGACUACCAGCCAUACGCUCUGGUCCACACUGACUUCUUCUUGAACUCUGGAGAAUAGCUUAGGGCCAAAAGAGCAGCUGGAAAACAAAGCAGACCAUUUUGGAUGCAUGUUAAUGAAGAUAUUGUCUGAAAAAACAUUUGGUGGAUUUAUUAUUUACUUCACAAG